AUGGAGGCGAUGUUAGGGCAAUAUAAUAACCACGGAAAAGAGAAGAUCAUCUACUACAUCAGUAAGACAAUGGUUGACUAUGAAAUACGAUACUCGGAAGUGAAAAAACAUUGUCUAACCUUAGUGUUGGCAACUCAAAAGUUGAGGCAUUAUGUGCUUUCUCAUACCAUCAAGUUGAUAUCCAAGAUGGAUCUACUCAAGUACCUGCUAGAAAGACAUGUUUUAAAUGGACGAUUAGCUAAGUGGAGAAUGCUCCUAAGUGAAUUUGACAUCGAAUAUGUUACUCAAAAAUCAGUCAUGGGGCAAGCAAUUGCCGAUUAUUUAGCAGAACAUGCCUUACCUGACUGUGUCCCCAUCAAAACAGAUCUCCCUGAUGAGGACCUCUUUGUCAUUGAGGAUCCAAUUUGGGACUUAUACUCUGACGAAGCUAGCAAUGAAUACAGCACUGGUGUCGAAGUCAUCCUAUGCUCUCCAAAGAAAAUAAUGUUUCCAACCGCUAGAAGGCUCAAUUUUCCCUACAUAAGCAAUGUUGCAGAAUAUGAAGCCUUAAUAGCUGAUCUCGAGAACACCCGUGAACUCCAAAUUGAACAAUUACGGGUCAUGGGUGAUUCUUUGCUUGUAAUAAAUCAAAUUAACGGAGAAUGGAAUGUUAAUGAAAAAAAGCUCCAGCUCUACCAGGACUCAGUUGUAAAGUUGUCAAAAUACUUCAAAAAAGUUACCUUUCAACAUGUGACUCGGGAAAACAACCGGUUCGCCGAUACCUUGGCUACUCUCGCAUCAAUGGUGGACAUUCCUCCCUAA